AUGAAGAAUUGUGCGAUAUUCAUAGUAUUAGAGAAUACAGUAUCCAAUUUAAUGGCAAGCAUUCGAUUAGUCAAACAUUAUGAUCUGAACAGGUUAAAGGUUGAAAUUGAAUUAACUCUUAAAAAACCUACUUUAGCAGAACUUACUCAUUGUUAUCGUUUGAGUCGUUUAAUUCAAGUGAUCAAUAAAAAUUGUCAUUUCUAUGAACAUUUAAUUAAUCAAUUAAAGUGGUUACAUACAAUAAUCAAUAAUGAAAGCAAUAAAAUGAAUUUUAUGAUUGGAAGUAUUUUAAAAUAUCGAAAUCAAAACAGUAAUGGAAUACCAAUUGUAUACUACAUUUUCAAGAUAUCCAACAUAAUGGUUGAAAUAUGUGAAUCAAGAAAAUCAUACAUAUCAAAUUUUAUAAACAAUACACUAGUUGUUGAAUGUAAUAAUAAUAAUUUGAUGAAUUCAAAUAUCGAUUUGGAAAUAUUUAUUUCGGAAUUACAUGUUUUAAUCGAUUAUUUCUUUGAGUAUUUAUGUUAUUUCAUGGUGAAUUUACGUAAUCAAAUUUCAGUGAAUGAAAAGUUCAUUCGUUCUUUUACAUCAAAUUCUUUUACAAUGUCAGUGAAAUCAUCCAACGCAUCAUCAUCAUCAUCAUCAUCAUCAUCAUCAUCAUCAUCAUCAUCAUCAUCAUCAUCAUCAUCAUCAUCAUCAUCAUCAUCAUCAAGAAUGACAUGUUCAGUGAUUACAUCAAGUUCGAUAUCAAAAUUAAUUGAUGAUCUAGCAGACAUUGAAUCUCAUAUGCCUAUGAAAUAUAAUGAACAAUAUACUGAAGCACAAAAACGUUUAUCAAUAAGAAUCAAUCUACAAGUUAACAAAAAUAAGAAAUGA